CUUCCUGAGGAAACACAGACACCCUCAUUUGAAUAUCCCAUUCCCAACUUCUAGAAAAUUCUCUUUUAGGAUAUAUAGAGCCAGGGAAGUCUGUCACAGCCACGCUUUCCACCGGACACAGCUCGGAGAAGCAACCCUGCGAUAAUCUGUGCCAGGUAAGGAUCAGAAGAUAACGGUCUUUGUUUCGCAGGGAGGAAUGCGGCGACUGAAUGCACUGCUUUGUUUUCGUGUGUUACAGCUGCAGUUCAGCUACCCUCCAUUUUAACCAGUUUGAAAGCUGCUGCUGAGAUUCCUCUGUUUGUCAGAGAAUACUUCUUGUAUUUCUUCGGUUUCUAGGGGGGAACAAAUCCUGACCUGUUAUCAGAGCUGAAAGUUGUCAUGCUGCUGGCAGGGUGGUGCAGGCUUUUUGCUGCUUCCAUGUCAGUACUUUGACAACAGUUUAAAUGCAUUCAGUUCAAACAAAAAAAAAAGGUUUGCAGGAAAGUAGUGUGCCUGAAUGAAAGUACUUCCCCCCCUCCAGGGUUGAGAAACAGCCAGUAAAAAGUGCCUCAUCUUAAAUGAGUGGUGGGUUGACUAGAAUGGCAGCUUAAUAUUUAAUGUUUAAAUUCUAGUGGUUGAAAACUUGAAACUAGAACAGAGAGGUUAGAUUUUGUACUUUGCAUAGAGUUUCUCUCCAUGAGAAUCUGCCUAUAUGUUCUCACUGCCUUACUCCACAGAGAUUACUACAUACAACUCUUGUCUUUCAGAAUGAAAAUCGCAGAAAUGAAAACAUCUCAAGGUAUCACAAACAUGCAAUCACAGAGGAACAGAUGCAGUAUAAGUCUGCAUGAGAAACAGUAUGCCAGUGCAGCUGGUUAUUCAGAGCCCGAGGUUGUGCAUUCAGCCCAUUGUUUGAACCAGAGAUGGGAUGAUUUGGGUGCAGCCCACAGGCAUACGCCCUUUUCUUUCUCUGCAGGCAACAUGAAAAAAGUCUGCACUGUAUGUCUCGUGAUGAUUUCUGAUCCUCGCAUCUGAGGAGACACUAUUAACCAUUUGCAUCACUUAAAAUGUGUACGGAGAGGUGAGAUACAGCUUCGCUCCAAGUAAACGUCGAGUUUCAGCUGUUCAGCUCAGGCGGCGGUCGCUGCUGACGUGGCACGAAACAUGUCUCCCUCAAACUAGGGACAUUCCACAGCUCCUGAGUGGGCUGGCUCAACUCUGCCCUGCCUCCACAGCUCCACAGCCCAAGUGUAGGCUGCUCCUUGGCAUUUUCUUUCUGAGAUAUAUUUUAAUAAAUGAAUACAUUUCUGAAUAUCACAAACAUGCUCUUCUUCUUCUUCUUCUUCUUUUUAAGUAAUAAUGUCAUCAUCUUUCUCUUUGCUUCCUCUUCACAGAGUGCUGCAGCUGCUGUUGGAGACAGACAGGAUGUGGAUGACUAACAUUGUAGGCCUUUGUCUGCUGGCCUUGGUGGCCUCUGCAGAGGAUGUGAAGCUGAGCACCCACGCCACCACCCUGGCUGAUAAAAGCGCCAACUUGGCCUUCAGCCUCUACCACACCAUGGCAAAGGAGAAAGACACAGAGAACAUCAUCAUUUCUCCUGUGGUGGUGGCCUCUUCUCUGGGGCUGGUGGCUCUUGGUGGCAAAGCCUCCACUGCCUCCCAGGUGAAAACAGUCCUCAGCGCUGACAAACUCAAGGAUGAGCAUCUGCACGCAGGCCUAUCAGAGCUCCUCACUGAGGUGAGCAACGCCAAGACACGCAACACCACCUGGAAAAUCAACAACCGCCUCUACGGCCCCAGCUCUGUGUCCUUCGCUGACGAGUUUGUGAAGAACAGCAAGAAGCACUACAACUACGACCACUCCAAAAUCAAUUUCAGGGACAAGAGGAGCGCAGUGAACUCCAUCAACGAGUGGGCGGCCAAGUCCACAGGCGGCAAGCUGCCCGAAGUCACCAAGGACGUGCAAAACCCAGACGGAGCCAUGAUCGUCAACGCCAUGUUCUUCAAGCCUCACUGGGAGGAGAAAUUCCACGAUAAAAUGGUGGACACCCGUGGUUUCCUGGUUACUCGCUCAUUUACUGUCGGAGUUCCCAUGAUGCACCGCACAGGUCUUUAUGAUUUCUACGAGGACACAGAAAAUAAACUCUUUGUGCUGAACAUGCCUCUGGGCCAGAAACAGGCCUCCAUGAUCCUUAUCAUGCCCUAUCACCUGGAGCCCCUGGAGCGCCUGGAGAAGCUCUUGACAAGGAAGCAGGUGGACACUUGGCUCAGCAAGAUGGAGAACAGAGCCGUAGCCAUCUCCCUGCCUAAGAUCUCAGUGGAAGUCAGCCACAACCUGCAGAAACACCUGGCUGAGCUGGGCCUGACAGAAGCUGUGGACAAAGCCAAGGCUGACCUGUCCAACAUCUCUGGAAAGAAGGAUCUCUACCUUUCCAGCGUCUUCCACGCAUCAGCCCUGGAGCUUGACAUCGAAGGAAACCCAUACGACACAAGCAUCUUCGGUACUGAGAAGCUGAGGAACCCCAAACUCUUCUACGUAGAUCACCCCUUCAUUUUCCUGGUAAAGGACAACAAGACCAACUCCAUCCUGUACAUCGGCAGAGUGGUUAAACCUAAAGGGGACAAAAUGCGUGAUGAGCUAUAAUGUUUAAAUUUAUAAAUCGUGGUGGGUAGCUUUAUUAUUUGUGAAAUUAUGGCAGGAAACUGUGCACGUGUGUAAUUGUGUGUGAGUUUGUGUGCGUGCAUGUGUUGUUUUUGGUAUGAUUGUUACCUCAGUAGCACAUUCCAAUUGACAAUCUGUGGACUGAAUAUCCGAGCUUAGAAACAUUCGACUUUCCCAGGGAACAAUUCUGUUUACAUGUCUUCGUCUUAAGACCAUGCUGGGUUGACUAAUCUAAAAAAAAGAACACGGACGUGCCUUUUAAGACUUUCACAAACAAACAGCAGUCGGCACAGCAGACAGCAUGCUUAUAUUAAGUACGAGUCCUCUUUCACAUCCUGUUUUUGCCUGCAUGUGUUCGGCUACGACCUGUGUGUGCGUUUUUGUUUUUUUUUUGCAAUAUCUUUAAUGUUUAAAGAGAAAAAAGAUCUAUGCACAAGCUGUUACAGUGCCGUUUCAUUCCCCCUCUCAUUUUGCCUCCAGUCUGCACUGAACUGUUCCCCUGCACGAGCUGAGCUUGCAGGGGAAAGGUGGCAAAACGUCUGGUGCUUAAUUUAAGUUGCAAACCAUUUUCCGUGUCGUCUUCUUGCUGUAGGUAUUUUCCACAAGGAAUCUGUUGGAAUUGUGUGAUUUAUGUGAUUAAUGUGGACCUUUUUCAAUAAAAAAAAAAAAUGAAGACAACA